AUGUCAAUUAUCCUGCAGAUCAAUGGCUCCAAGUCUUCACUGAUGGGUCUUGCAUCGAAAACCAUGCAAACGAUGGUGCAGGUGUCUACUCUGAAAUAUUCUCUUUCUAAGCAGCAGAGGAUCUACUCUGAACUCUUCUCUUUCUACGCAGCAGCGGGGCCUAAGAAUUCGCCUCUUCUCUUUCUACGCAGCAGCGGGACAUAA